GCCUGCGCUUGAGAACUCGGUGCAGAGAAAAAGGACAGAAUGAUGCUGUCCGAGCAAGCCCAAAAGUGGUUUCCUACCCACGUGCAGGUCACAGUGCUCCAAGCCAAAGAUCUUAAGCCAAAAGGCAAAAGUGGCACCAAUGACACAUACACUAUAAUUCAGUUGGGCAAGGAAAAGUACUCCACCUCUGUAGCUGAGAAAACCCUUGAGCCAGUCUGGAAGGAAGAGGCCUCUUUUGAGCUACCUGGAUUGCUAAUGCAGGGGAAUCCAGAGAAAUACAUUCUUUUCCUCAUAGUUAUGCACAGGUCCCUGGUGGGUCUGGAUAAGUUUUUAGGGCAGGUGGCAAUCAAUCUCAAUGACAUCUUUGAGGACAAACAAAGAAGGAAAACAGAGUGGUUUAGAUUAGAAUCCAAACAAGGAAAAAGAGCCAAAAACAGGGGUGAGAUAAAGGUCAAUAUUCAAUUCAUGAGGAACAAUAUGACAGCAAGUAUGUUUGACUUAUCAAUGAAGGACAAAACAAGAUCUCCUUUUGCAAAAUUAAAAGAUAAGAUGAAAGGUAGAAAAAAUGAUGGGACAUUUUCUGAUACGUCUUCUGCAAUCAUUCCAAGUUCUCACAUACCCGAUGCCAAUACUGAAUUUUCAAGUGGUGAAAUACAGAUGAAAUCCAAACCAAAAAAGCCUUUUCUUUUGGGUCCUCAGCGACUCUCUUCAGCACAUUCAAUGUCUGACUUAACUGGGACCCACAUAUCUUCUGAGAAACUGAAGUCUGGCACCACUGGUCAAACGCAUCUUCUUGGACGGCAGAUAGAUUCCUUUGGAGCAGUUCCGGAAAGUGGAAGUCUCAAAUCUCCACACAGAAGAACAUUAAGCUUUGAUACUUCUAAAAUGAACCAACCUGACAGCAGUGUGGAUGAAGGUGAAUCGUCUCUCGGAAGACAGAAUGACCCAUUUACAAAUGUGACUGCUUCAUUACCCCAAAAAUUUGCAACACUGCCAAGGAAGAGAAAUCCAUUUGAAGAAAGCAGUGAAUCAUGGGACAGCAGCAUGAAUUUAUUUUCAAAAUCAGUUGAAGUUAGAAAAGAAAAUAAAAGAGAGAAAAGGGAGAAAGUUAGCCUGUUUGAAAGAGUGACUGGAAAAAAAGAUAGCCGAAGAUCUGAUAAACUUAACAAUGGGGGAUCUGAUAGCCCUUGUGACUUGAAAUCACCUAAUGCAUUUAGUGAAAAUCGUCAGGACUAUUUUGAUUAUGAGUCAACUAAUCCGUUUACAACAAAAUUCAGGGCUUCAAAUAUAAUGCCAUCUUCAAGUUUUCAUAUGAAUCCGACAAGUAAUGAGGACCUCAGGAAAAUCCCGGACAGCAACCCUUUUGAUGCCACUGCAGGGUAUCGUGGUCUGACCUAUGAGGAGGUCCUCCAGGAGCUGGUGAAGCACAAAGAGCUCCUGAGGAGGAAAGACACCCACAUCCGGGAACUCGAGGACUACAUCGACAACCUCCUCGUGAGGGUCAUGGAGGAGACACCCAGUAUCCUCAGAGUGCCGUACGAACCGUCCAGGAAGGCUGGCAAAUUUGCCAACAGUUAAUAAGCCAGUUGUGCUGCAUUUAUGAUUAGGGGCAAAAAGGAAAGAAGAAAGAGAAAAAGAAUGAAGAAAAUCUUGGUACCGCAAAAAACUGCAUUAUCAGGCGUCAUUAUAUACUGUUUCCUUGCGAAAAAUUAUUUUACCUGUAAAUAUUAACAGGGACCAUCAAGAGUGACCUUUGAAGUGAGCUCAAUAAUUGAAACAUUUAAAGUGAAAACGGGUCAGAUUCUCAAUGAAUAAGCAGUUCCUUAGGAUUCACUUAGGUGCUGGUGCUGGCCUACUAACCUGCCACAGACCUAGGGGUAGCUGCGAAGUACAUGAAGUACUGUUCCUCAGGAAUGGAUCUCAUAAAGCAGAAUCGAUGCUCUGGCUGGGUUCUCAGAAGUCAAUUUGUAGACAUACUUAGCUGCAGGAAUACUGUUCAUUAUAAA